AGAAGACGAGUGUCGAAACCGAAAGUAAACUGGAGAGUAAAGGCGUAUUCUGAAGAGUUAAACUCCUUCUGUUCAGGUCUCAGAGUUGACGAUGAUGGACUCUCCAGAACCCAGCUGUGUGUCUCUGAAGAGCGACGGAUCAAUGCAUCAUCCUCCUGAAUUCAGUGAUGGAGCGGUGACCUCUGACCUCAGUGAUGGAGCGGUGACCUCUGACCUCAGGAUGAUCAGACGAAGAAUAUCAUCUUCAGAACCCAGCUGUGUGUCUCUGAAGAGUGACGGAUCAAUGCAUCAUCCUCCUAAACUCAGUGAUGGAGCAGUGACCUCUGACCCCAGUGAUGAAGCGGUGACCUCUGACCCCAGUGAUGGAGCAGUGACCUCUGACCCCAGCCGUGUGUAUAGAGACGAUCAGAUACGAGCCCAGGAUCCUCCUCAAGCAGUGAAUGAUGAACUACAGAGAGUCAAAGAGCAGCACAAAACCAGCAUGAAGAACAAGUAUGAGAGAUUAUUUGAGGGACUGAAACUCCAGGAGAAUGAAAGCCUCCUGAACAGCAUCUACACACAGCUCUACAUCAUAGAGGGAGAAAGAGAAGGAGUGAAUGAAGAACAUGAGGUUUUACAGAUGGAGAAAACAGCCAGAACACAACCCUCACAAGACACUCCAAUCUACUGCAAUGACAUCUUUAAAGCCUCCGCUGAAGCAGGAUGUGAGGAGAAAGAGCAGAUCAAGACUGUUCUUACUAAAGGCAUCGCUGGAAUCGGAAAAACCGUCUCUGUGCAGAAGAAGAAGAAGAAGAAGAAGAAGAUCAAGACUGUUCUUACUAAAGGCAUCGCUGGAAUCGGAAAAACCGUCUCUGUGCAGAAGUUCAUUCUGGACUGGGCCGAGGGAAAAGCCAAUCAGGAUGUAGAUUUCAUGUUUGUGCUUCCAUUUCGAGAGCUGAACUUGAUCCGAGAUCAUCAGUACAGUCUUCACAGACUUCUGCUGGACUUUCAUCCUGAACUUCAAGAUCUGGACUCACAGAUUUAUGAGGAGUGUAAAGUUGUGUUCAUCUUUGAUGGUCUGGAUGAAAGCAGAAUCACUCUGAUGUUUUCAGACGCUCAGAAAGUUUGUGAUGUGACUGAGACUUCAUCAGUGGCUGUGUUGAUGUCAAAGCUGAUGAAAGGAGAGCUGCUUCCCUCUGCUCUCAUCUGGAUCACCUCCAGACCAGCAGCAGCCAAUCAGAUCCCCUCCGAAUACAUCCACCGUCUGACAGAAAUUCAGGGAUUCACUGAGCCUCAGAAGGAGGAAUAUUUCAGGAAGAGAAUCAGUGAUGAGCAUCAAGCCAGCAGAAUCAUCUCACACAUCAGAAGAGCAAGAAGCCUCCACAUCAUGUGCCACAUCCCCGUCUUCUGCUGGAUCUCAUCCACUGUGCUUCAGAAGCUCCUGGAAGAAGAUCUGAGUGCAGAAAUCCCUCAAACUCUGACUGAAAUGUACAUCCACUUCCUGCUGAUUCAGAUCAACAUGAGGAAGCAGAAGUAUGAAGAGAGAGAUCCAGAGAAACUCCUGCCGUCCAACAGAGAAGUGAUUGUGAAACUUGCUGAAGUGGCUUUCAAACAGCUGAUGAAGGGCAAUGUGAUGUUCUAUGAGGAGGACCUGAUUGAGAGCAGCAUAGACGUCACUGACGCCUCGGUGUAUUCUGGGAUUUGCACUGAGAUCUUUAAGCAGGAAUCUGUGAUUCAUCAGAGGAAAGUCUACAGCUUCAUUCAUCUGAGCGUUCAGGAGUUUCUCGCUGCUUUCUAUCUGCUUUACUGCUAUUUAACAAAGAACAAGAAAACACUGGAUGAAUUCAGAUCAAACAGAUAUUACUCUGAUAAAGACUCUCUGUAUGAUCUACUAACAUCAGCAGUAUAUAAAUCUCUCAAGAGUAAGAAUGGACGUCUGGAUUUGUUCCUGCGGUUCCUGCUGGGCGUCUCACUGGAGUCCAAUCAGAGACUCUUACAGGAUCUACUGACACACACAGAGAACAGCUCAGAGACCAUCAGCAGAACCACACAGUACAUUAAAGAGAGGAUCACAGAUAAAGAUGAUGAUGAUGAUGAUGGACUGAUGGUCAAGAGAGGUUAUCGUCUCUCAGCUGAUCAGUCCAUCAAUCUGUUCCUCUGUCUGCUGGAAGUGAAAGAUCAGACUCUGUUCAGAGAGAUUCAGGAGUUUGUGAAAUCAGACAAACACUCAGAGAAGAAACUCUCUCCUGGUCACUGCUCAACAAUCUCCUACAUGCUUCAGAUGUCAGAGGAGACACUGGAUGAACUGAACCUCAUGAAAUACAACACAUCAGCUGAGGGGAGAAGAAGACUGAUACCAGCUGUGAUCAACUGCAGAAAAGCUCUAUUUUCUGGCUGUAAUCUCACUGCUCAGUGUUGUGAGAGAUUGUCUUCAGCUCUACAAUCCUCAAACUGUGUCCUGAGAGAGCUGGAUCUGAGCAACAAUGACCUGCAGGACUCUGGUGUAAAGUUUAUUUCUGAUGGACUGAAGAGUCCAAACUGUCAGCUGCAGAUACUGAGUCUUGCUGGCUGUAAUCUCACUGCUCAGUGUUGUGAGAGAUUGUCUUCAGCUCUACAAUCCUCAAACUGUGUCCUGAGAGAGCUGGAUCUGAGGAACAAUGACCUGCAGGACUCUGGUGUAAAGUUUAUUUCUGAUGGACUGAAGAGUCCAAACUGUCAGCUGCAGAUACUGAGUCUUGCUGGCUGUAAUCUCACUGCUCAGUGUUGUGAGAGAUUGUCUUCAGCUCUACAAUCCUCAAACUGUGUCCUGAGAGAGCUGGAUCUGAGGAACAAUGACCUGCAGGACUCUGGUGUAAAGUUUAUUUCUGAUGGACUGAAGAGUCCAAACUGUCAGCUGCAGAUACUGAGUCUUGCUGGCUGUAAUCUCACUGCUCAGUGUUGUGAGAGAUUGUCUUCAGCUCUACAAUCCUCAAACUGUGUCCUGAGAGAGCUGGAUCUGAGGAUCAAUGACCUGCAGGACUCUGGUGUAAAGUUUAUUUCUGAUGGACUGAAGAGUCCAAACUGUCAGCUGCAGAUACUGAGUCUUGCUGGCUGUAAUCUCACUGCUCAGUGUUGUGAGAGAUUGUCUUCAGCUCUACAAUCCUCAAACUGUGUCCUGAGAGAGCUGGAUCUGAGGAACAAUGACCUGCAGGACUCUGGUGUAAAGUUUAUUUCUGAUGGACUGAAGAGUCCAAACUGUCAGCUGCAGAUACUGAGGUUGUCUGGCUGUAUGGUGACAGAGGAAGGCUGUGGUUAUUUGUCUUCAGCUCUGAGUUCAAACCCCUCACACCUGAGAGAGCUGGAUCUGAGCUACAAUCACCCAGGACAAUCAGGAGUCAAGCUGCUCAAACACAAACUGCAGGAUCCAAACUAUAAACUGCAGAUACUCAAUGUGGAUCAUGGAGGAGAGAAGAGGAUGAGAGCAGGACCACGAAAGUGGGCCUGUGAUCUCACACUGGAUCCAAACACAGCACACACUCGACUCGUUCUGUCUGAUGAGAACAAGAAGAUCACACGAGUGACAGAUCAUAAGCCGUAUCCUGAUCAUCCAGAGAGAUUUGAUCAUGUUCCUCAGGUUCUGAGUGUUGAGAGUCUGACUGGACGCUGUUACUGGGAGACUGAAUGGAGCGGAAAUAAUGCUGUAAUUUCAGUGUCAUAUAAAGAAAUCAACAGGAAAGGAGGAGGGAGUGACUGUGAGUUUGGAUCCAAUGACAAAUCCUGGAGUCUGUACUGCUCUGAUAACAGUUUCUCUGUCCAUCACAAUAAUAAUGACACUGUCAGUGGUAAAUCUUACAUGCAUUCAUCCUCUGAGAGAACAGGAGUGUAUAAGAGAACAGGAGUGUAUAAUAGAGUAGGAGUGUAUGUGGACGUGUCGGCUGGCUCUCUGUCCUUCUACAGUGUCUCUGACACACACACACUCACACACUUACACACACACACACUCACACACAUACACACAUUCAUCACCACAUUCACUGAACCCCUCUACGCUGGAUUUGGGGUUUAUUCUUAUUCCUCAGUGUCUCUGUGUGAUAUUAAAUGAUAGAGACACUCUUUCUGAUGUUCACAUGCACACAAAGUCAUCAAAUCUCACAUCAUUACAUUUCUAUUCAUUUUUAAUUAGUUUUUCAUCGUCAUACAGAAGUUAUGAAUCUAGAUCAGACUCUCAUACUGUUCUGAAUCUUUAAUAAACAGAGUAAUAUGUGUGCUUUAAUAUUUCUAUUGUAAACUGCUCAUCAAAUGUAAUAAAAAUCCAUUAGUGA